AUGCUUUCCCUGCCAUUCUCAUGUCCUCCUCCCAAGAACACUCUCUCUCCUUUCCAAAAAAAACCCUUUUCUCCUUCUUCUUCUUCUGUUACCUGUGAUCGUGCUAUAGGAAAAAGAAACAAAUCAAACUCAUACCUUUCAAUAUCUCUUCCCAAACUUAGCAAGGUUCUUGUGAGUGAAGCUUCAAAUGCAAUGCCAGGAGAUGAAGAAAAAGAAAUAUCGGCCGGAACAAUGGAUUCGCCGGAAGAAGUGGAAUUGCCGGCAGGUCUCCGGCGAGAACUGAUGCCAAACCAUGUUGCCGUGAUAAUGGACGGCAACAGGAGGUGGGCCCUGGAGAGAGGUCUGCCAGUGGAACAAGGUCAUAGGGCCGGUGGACAGGCAAUGACAGAGCUCACUCGACUCUGUAGUAAAUGGGGAGUUAAAGUUCUUACAGUUUUUGCCUUUUCUACGGAAAAUUGGAUACGUCCGAAGGAAGAGGUUGACUUUUUAAUGAUGUUGUUCGAAGAGGUGACAAAAACGUUUAGCGAGGAGGGUGCGAGACUUAAUUUUCGGUUAUCUGUUAUCGGGGAUAAAUCGAAGCUCCCCAAGUCUCUAAAUCAAAUUUUAGCAAGAGCAGAGCAAGCUUUGAAGGCAAACUCGGGACUCCAUGCUGUCAUAGCACUGAAUUACAGUGGUAGAUAUGACAUACUGCAAGUUUGCCAAAAAGUUGCCAACCAUGUGAAGGAUGGCCUUAUUCAACCUGAAGACAUCACCCAAAGCAUGUUUGAAGAACAAUUAGAAACAACGGGUACCAAGUACCCCAAUCCUGAUUUGCUUAUACGAACUAGUGGUGAACACAGAAUUAGCAAUUUCAUGUUGUGGCAAUUGGCUUACACUGAACUUUAUUUUGUUGAAAAGAUGUUUCCAGAUUUUGGAGAAACAGAUCUUAUAGAGGCAUUAAGCUCAUUUCAACAACGACAAAGACGAUAUGGUGGAUAUAAGUAUUCAACAUCUACCAACUAA